GCAGGCCCGUCAGCCGCGCUGCCAUGGCGCUGCUCGGCGCAGAGGACCAGGGCGGCGGCCUCGCGGCGGACGAGACGGUGUGGGUGGAAGUGCGGACGCUGCUGCCCAGCACCGAGGAGGGUCUGACCUUGGCACUGAGCGGCGAGGUGGAGGACUGCGUCCAGGAGCUGCUGCGGCGGGGUCGCCGAGUGCUGUACGGCGCGGAGGGGAGGCCCGGUCGGGAGGCGGCGGCGGCGAUGGAUCGCAUCGGGGACGUCCUACGGGACUACUCCUGGGAGAAGCUGAACGCGGGGCCCUGGCGGGAGAUCAGCAAGGCCUGGCGGCAGGUCUACGCCUACGGCUGCUUCUUCGGGGCGCUCUCACAAGUGGCCGCUGGCCACCCGCUGGCCACCGCUGUCCGCCUCUGCGACCUGGGGCUGCUCAUGGGCGCCUCCGUCCUGGACAACGUCCUGGCCCGCCUGGUCCGUGUCCUGCAGUGCCACCUGCCCCGCCCCGCGGUCGAGGUCCCCGCACAGAGGGCCCGGGCCGACCCCCCCCCAGUCCCGGCGGUGCGUCCGGAGGACGCGGUCCCGCACCUGCACUGCCCCUCGCUGGAGCAUUUCAGAGACAACUUCCUGAUCCCACAGAAACCGGUGAUCCUGGAGGGAAUCACUGACCACUGGCCCUGCAUGAAGAAGUGGAGUGUGGACUAUUUUUGUCAAGUCGCAGGGUGCCGCACGGUUCCCGUGGAGCUGGGUCCCCGGUACACAGAUGAGGAGUGGUCUCAAAAGCUCAUGACUGUCAGUGACUUCAUCAACCAGUAUAUUGUGAAUCAGAACAGCGUGGGAUACCUUGCCCAGCACCAGCUUUUUGAUCAGAUCCCGGAACUGAAAGAGGACAUCAGUAUCCCUGACUACUGCUGUUUGGGGGAAGGGGAAGAAGAUGACAUCACCAUUAAUGCUUGGUUUGGUCCAGAAGGUACUGUCUCACCUCUUCAUCAGGAUCCCCAGCAAAAUUUUCUAGCCCAGGUAUUUGGAAGAAAGUAUAUCCGACUAUAUUCACCACAAGAUUCAGAAAACCUAUACCCCCAUGAAAGCCACAUUCUUCACAACACUAGUCAGGUUGAUGUGGAUGAUCCUGACUUAGUUAAGUUCCCCAGUUUCAGUAAGGCUGCAUUUCAGUCCUGUAUUUUGAUGCCUGGACAAGUUCUGUUUAUUCCAGUUAAAUACUGGCACUAUGUAAGAUCCCUCGAUACCAGCUUCUCUGUCAGUUUCUGGUGGUCAUAGCUCUGAAGGGUCAUCACAUAAAGACUGUUAGCAUCGUAAUAGCAAUCAGCUCACAGGACUGACUGAGACAUUCUCAUCUUUCAUUCCCAAAUGUGCACUGAGAGUCCUAAACCAAGAAUAUGGAGAACUUCUCACAUAGAACAGCCUCCAAGAAAGCUGUGCAGGCAAAACUGAAGGAGAACUGGAAGGUCAGUGAUAGUUUUAUUGUAAGAUUCUUAAAACUUCAGAAAAAAAUAAGUACAGAGAACAACACAUUGUUACUGAUGAAUACAAUACAGCCUGCAAGAGAGAGGAAGAAAGAUUUGACUGAAGCCAAGUUUUGCUGUCAUCGCCUAGUGCCAAGAAUGAGACUCUUUUCUGCUCUCCCCGUUUUUGCUGGUGACGGAGAGUCUGCCCGAUUCAUACCUGUGAAAAAAGCAAAAGGAAAUUCAAUAAAUGUCAUACAAAAAAAGGACAA